UCAAGACGUCAAGACACCUGUGUUCUGUGCUUAUCAGUGACAACCCGCUUGUUCUUGCUCCCGUUUGCAGACUCGUCCCAGGUGGCGCGCACAGCCGGCGCCUCCGACGAGGACUCGGGCGAGGAGGUGACCCUUGGCGCCGUGGUGCAGGAGGUCACGUCCUUCCUGUCGUCGGGGCUGCGCGCCGUGCUCAACCUGGGCAGGGCGUACCGCGCCACGGUGGCCGUCGGCGCGCGGAGGAAGUCGUCGGACCUGGAGCAGCGCGACGGCGGCCAGCACGUCGCCCUAAAGAGCCCCCUGGACUGCCUCUGGACGCUCUACUGCCGGAGCCUGGACAAGACGGCAAAGCUCACGGGGCCGUACGGCUUCCUCGCCAAGCUCAACGGGCUAGGACUGCGCCUGCUGCUCGGCACCGUGCCCGUGGACCAGGCCCUGGACCUCCUCGUCAGGGAGGCCACCCUCGGCUGGAGCGGCAUGAACUGCGGCAAGCUCUUCCCCAGGUGCAGCGCCGAGGACGCUGUCCCGGUGGUCCUGGACACAGCCAUGGGGAGGACGCCCCUGGUCUGACGGGCAGGUGCACCAGGACGCCGCCACCGCGCCGCCGGUGGAGUGGAUAUCGGAGAGGACCGGGGAGAGGACGGCACCCGCUUCUGAGCCAUCGCCGUCGUCGUCGUCGUCGUCGUCGUCUUCCGGAGAGGCCAGACAGGCCGCGUUCGGACAAACCUUCCUCAGCUUUCGAACGCCGCCUGCUCGCGACGCCUCCGCCGGCCCCGCGCCACGCGCCACGCCGGCUGCCUCGCACGCUCUGCCUGGAGGCCAGCGGGAGCGAGCGCGCGACCCACAACGCGACACUAAACCGUCACCACUAGACAGGAUACCACCCAGGAACGGAAUAUCACAUGAUCCUCGAGUACUGUUAAGUCUGGAGAAAUUUAAAAAGCCGGGAUGAGAAACUUUCAUGUCACACCACUCUCUCCGUAUUUGAGCGGCUGCACCCAGAAAAAUGAUUCGCAAUUGUGGCAACCAUCUUAUGGUUGGCUCAAGGCAGGGAGCACCAUAAAAUAUGAUUACGACAACAAUGAAAACGUGCUGAAAACCAUAAUUUUGGCUCUCGCGACUACGAUAAAGUUGCAUCAACCACAAUUUACGGUGUUUGCCGAAUUAGCCAUAGGAUGGUCGCUAUAGCUCAUCAUUUUUCUGGGUGUAACCUCUCACGUUUCUAGACAACAUUAAAAAAAUCGGACGGAUCACAGAGGCAAUUUCUCAUAACGGACGUGAAAAUGUCCAGCCUAUAGGAAGGAUACUUGUUCGACACAAAACUAAACUAUUUCAUCGUCCCUUUUCACGUGCGGUAAGCUGUGAACGUGGCCGCGAGCGCGUGGAGGUGUCCUCUGACCAGGGCCGAGCAGAGAUCUCAUAAGCCAGAAGACUCGCCCCUCGCACUGAUUGGGCCAACAGUCGGUCCCUCGACCUGCUCCUCGCCACACCCCGCCGCCGCCCGCCUUUGACAUGUGAGGACCUUCUCCGCGGUGCUGCGGGGGGCUCCGUCCGCCCGCCCCGGGGGAGCCAACUAUACGUGCACUCCAUGUCGUGGUGAUCCAGUUCUCAGGCGCAGGAGGCGAGCCGGUCUGCACAAAGCGAUGUGUCCGGCCCGGCCCGGCCCCGCGUGGACACCGUAUGAAUCAGGGGCAUUACAGCCACAAUUUGCAGCACGACUGUCACGUGCUCUCGUGCCCUCGUGCCCCACGACUACACUGCUAAACUACGUGUCGUCGACAUCCCCCGCACGAGCGCGCGGCGACGCAGCCGGAUAGGAAGCAACCAUAGAACGAUAUGCGGGUAUGGGCGGUCGCCUCCCUGCAUCCUCCAAAGUCAUCUUCAGGUUCUCCUUACGGCACGCUCCUGGACUGCCGCCAUAUAAGAGGCAGUACCGCAUGUACCGCACAAAUCUCACAAAGGUGAUGUCCAAAAAAAAAGCUCACAUGAUGUGAAGUAUGUCUCUCGCCACGAGCGCGCAUGCGAGUCCAGACGACCCUCGUCGACGACAAGACACUUUCCCACCCGGCAGAGAGGAGAGGGACCUUGACGCUUUAGCCGAAUCGCCUCCCCGCUUUGCGGCUGUAUCUCAAAGCUGCCUGGCAGUGGGAAGAGUGUCGCGCCUCUUUCCCAAACAACGACGCGACGCGCUCCCAUUGUGGCUGUGAGGGGCGCAGCGCGAGACAAACGGCUCAGUAGUGUAUCGCACCGCAGCACCUACCACGAGGUGCUCCACCAGGGCAGGGGCACAGUCAGGGAAGGGGUCACUACUACUUAGAUUUAAUUAUUAUUUACCAACGUAGCUAAUGAUAUGUGUGUACUUCUAAAUGAAUAGAGCCCCCGACUGCAUCAGUAUUGUUUAGUAAUUUAUUUAUUGUUUGUUAAUCGAUAAGAAACCGUAGCUUGAGCAUCGUUUGUGAAAUGUCGUAUUUAUUUAUUUAUUGUCGUUUGUAUUAGUUGUUAAUCUUAGGAGUAAUGUAGGACUAGGACUGUACUGUACUUGUGUGAUAUAUUACGAAAUAAAUCAUGUGGAAUUAAAACGCG